CCGGGGCGGGUGCGGCGCAUGCGCGGCGCGGCGGAGCUGUGGCGGCCCCGCGCCCAGUUUCAGCCUUUCAGUGUUUUCAUUCUGGGUGCGGGAAGAAGAGGGCAUUUCUAAGGCCAUGUCUCCCCUAGGAGUGCACUGCAGUUCCUCGAUGGAAAAGGCAUUAAAAACUGCCCUUGGCACUAUGGAAGCACUCAGACAGAACAAUCAUCUCCUGAGACCCUUGAAGAACUACUGGGCAAAGUGAUGGAAAUGAAGAGCAUCAACCAUCGCCUCAGCAUGGCGGCAGCUGAAUCUGACAAAGACUCUGGAUAUUCAGAUGGCAGUUCAGAAUGCCCAAGUGCUAUGGAGCAGACGGACUCUGAGGAUGUGCUGAAUACGUUGUGUUGGAAUGCAGAGGAUGGACCUUGGCAAUGCCCGAGGACCACAAGCAGCUCCUUUCCUGCACUUUCUCCUAUGGUUGUAAUGAAGAAUGUGUUAGUUAAGCAGGGGAGUUCAUCACAGCUCCAGUCUUGGACUGUGCAGCCAUCCUUUGAAGUGAUUCCAGCUCAGCCGCAACUAGUGUUCCUUCGUCCAUCAAUCCCACCUCCCAUUAAUCCUCACCCUGUUGGGAAAAAGAGAAAUGACUCCACUAAUUACUUGCCCAUCCUGAAUUCUUACCCCAAAAUAGCACCACAGCCCUGCAAAAGAGAUCACUCCUUCGAUCUAGAAGAAUGUCAGGAAACCACUUGCCAUAAACGACUCUGCACGGAAGCGCCCAAGUUGGAGACUUCUCCUGUGUUGAUGAGCACAGGCUUGCCUACUAGUCCUUUUGCCCCUCUACCAGUUAGCUUUAAGACCCCUCAGGAUUCUAACCAGCAAAGUUCUUCAGCUCUGGUGGCAAGUGGAAGACUGUCAGCUCUUUCUGGUUUUCAUCAUGUUUCCAGUGACACUCCAAAAGUGCCAGGUUUGACUCCCCUUUUGCCUUUUGGAGCUCUGCAGGCAGCAAAGUGCACCCUUCAUGAGAGCGAGGGUGCCUCACAGACUACAACACAGUCUGCAGUGUGGAGCCCCCCACUGAUACCAGAAGAGCUUUGCACUACCCCCGAGCUGCUCUUGCAACAACAAAGCAAGUGCAGACGCUUUCAGAAUACUCUUGUUGUGCUACGCAGGUCAGGAUUGCUGGAGAUCACUUUAAAGACCAAGGAGCUCAUUCAUCAGAACCAGGUGACUCAGGCCGAGCUGGACCGGCUGAAGCACCAAACACAACUUUUCAUAGAGGCAAUAAAGAACAAUGCUCCACAGUCAUGGGCAGAGCUAGAAGCCUCUCUAACAGGGUCUGACAAAGCUGAUAGCAACCUCGAAGACCCCACAUAUCCCAACAUGUAGUAAAAAGGUGCAUAGCUGUUGGCCAGCUUAUUUCUGUGCCUCCUUUUUCCUGUCUCAGACUUUUACUUGAGCAUUUUUUGAGUCCAAGACUUGCAAAGUCACAUUGCCAUUAACAAUUUGUGGGACUGGAAUAGUAUGGUGGGUUCUUGACAGAAUGGGUACUUAGUACUGCAGUGUGACUUGAACUCCAUGCUAACUCUGUAUAAUUCCUUGGACUCGCGAAGCAUGGAUGUGCUCUGCUGGCAUGUUCCCAUUCUUGCAGUGAAAAGAUAGUAGUUUGCAGUAUUCUGCAAACAUCCUCCUAUUCCCAUCUUCAGAUAGUCCAUUCUGAGAGUGCAACAGCAGAACAGGCCCCACUGUUGGGCCAUCAUCAAUUCCAAGUAGGCAAAGGGAGUUGGUGUGAGGAGAGGAAACAGUGUUGGUGGGGUGGUAUCUUUAGGUUGUUGCUGUCUUUUCUGGUAGCAGAGAGUCUUGCUUUGGGGUUUCAGUUCAUUUGAAUUAGUGGAAAUCUGCUUGUGGUGAAGAGGCAUUCUGUAUUCAUUGCAGUCUUAGGACCCAAGUGAAAUGGCAUGUUUUGCUGAGUAUACUUUAGAUUUUGAUCUGUACAGUUGAGUGAAUAAAAAUCACAAGGCUUGCACUGGAAGUGUUUGUUCCAAAGCCAUGUGCAUUAAUGGUAAGAAGUGUACAAGGAUGGUGGCUUUGUGUUUUCUCAGUAGCUGGCAGAUUAAACAUUGAUAUUAACAACUGCAGUGAUACAACCAAAAAAAAGGACAAGGAAAGUAUUGAUUUACCAGGAUUAAUUUGACAAGACUAAUUGCAUAUUAGUUGAUAUGUAUAUCUUUAUAAACUCCAUUUUUUUCUGCAAAAUCAGGUUUCUAUGUAUUAAAAAAAAAAAAAAAAGGUGAAAUGAGAGGAGCAUAGUGGCCUAUGGUGAUGUCCUCCCAUCCUUUUCCGUCUCUUUUCUUUAUUUAGAGAAAUCAGGUGCACGUACUAGGGGUGGGGAUGUGUCAACUUGGAUAAACUCCCUAAAAAUUUUAUCUACCUAAGCCUGAACUUCAAAAAACUAAACAAAUUCCAAAACAUUUUUUCCUCCGUAUAGAUUUAUAUCAUUCCUAACCUGCUUACCUUGAGAUAUAGCUAACACUACUGUAUGUGUAAGAUAUUGGCCUUGAUGUUGGCCUAAGAUAUCUUGCUAGUGGAGAUCCACAGUAGUCAUGUUACAAAAGCUGUUUUACAGAGAUUUAUUUCUUUUCAGUGUAUGUAUACACUUUACUAUGUCACUCCCUCCAGUCUGAAGGGUUUUUUUCCAGAGCAGUCUGUGUAGAAAACUGAGAAUGGCUUUGUCUAAGAAUGUUAAAGAAUCUGUAUCAUCUAUGAUAUAUUCCUUUCUGUGUGACAAUGAUUUCAGUGUGCCAUCUAGAUGACUGGCUAUUUUGAUGCUUUGAUUACCUCUGUGAUCUGUUUCAGAUUCUUAAAAAAGAAACUUGAAAGUACAGUGGAUGUCUUGGUAAUUUGUGACUAGAUGUGUUCAUUUUCUGAUGCCUCUGGGAGUCAAUAUUGCAGAAGACUGCAGAGAAGGCUUUUGUAGUCUUCCACAAAUAGGUGCAUUAGAGAAAUUGUAAGGGACUUCUCUCCAAUAGGGGAUUUCACCCUUUUUACACUGAUGGAAAGAAAUGCUAUACAUGUCUUACAAAGAGGAAGCACAUGAGUCUUAUUUGUACUAGCUAUGGGCCUAGAGAGAAAUACUGUGGUAGGGUUUGCCCUAGUGGAGCUGUAGCAAACUAGUAGCCAUGCCUUUUGUGGGAUCUUGUCCACCUACUGAAGACUGGUACAGUAUGUGGGAAUUGAUUAAAAGUGUUCAUAGACUGUUCUGUGAUGUAUUUUUUAAAUAAGCUGCUACAGUUGUGAUACUAGGAUGUCUCAUAACUCACAGCCCAGCAAUACUGAAACUCAGCCAGCAAACCCAGAAAGCAGCGUAGUGCAGUGUAACGAUGUAGGACAUGUCCAGUCUAGACACAGUCUAUCAGUUGUGAUAUCUGCACCAAAUGACAUCUGGCAGGAUAGAUGUGAUGGUACCUUUGGGCCAUUUUUGAAAGAAGAUGGGCUUGUUUCUUCUGAGCUUCUUACAAGAAGGAGAGGAGGUGAUUCCAUUGAUCAGAUACAUGUAACAGACCUAGAAGCCUGAGGUAUGAGAAAGAGCAUAGGAUAUUUUUCCUACUUUUCCUAAAGUUCUUAUUCUACCUAUUAAAUGGAGUGGAGAAUUUGAAGUUCAGAAUACGUAUUUUUAGGAAAUGACUGUCCUAGAAAACAAGGUGAUGGGCUCAGGCUACCUACAGAUAAAAGCAAGUCAGAAAAAAUGAAGUCCAAUCUUAGCUAUUCAAGAGAUAAGGAAAAAUGAGUCUACUGAUGACCUCCAUCCUAUUUCCACUGCUCUGAUGGAGUAAAAAGGAAUUAAAAACUUCCCUUGCAGGGUAAUGUUAUCUGACUUAGGGAGACUUCAGCUGAUAGAAAUCUUUCAUAAUCUUCAUAGUACCAGAUGUAUUUUUUCCCCUGACAGCACUGAGGGUGGGCUGAGGUGGGCGUGCUUACAGCUAAUGGGCCUUUCAGCUGGUGUAAUUUGUAUAAAUAUAUAUUCAAUAAAUCUGUGAAUAAAGUCCAGCAGCUGUUUAGAAAUCUCCUACUGGGCAUCAGUCCAGACUUAAAUAGUAUUUACUGAACUAGAAAAAUCCACUCUGGAACUCUUAUAUGUAAAUCUGGAGCCCCUUAGGAACCAUAUCCCUAGAUAAUUGCAAAUUUUGAUGCAACAUAUAUUAAAAAAAAAAGAUGUUGAAGGCCCCUUGUGAUAAAUAUGUCAUCAGGUACCAUUCUGUUCAGAUUCUCCUAGCUGCCUUUGUUCAUGGAAGCCCUCCUAAAGCUUUCCUUUCUCGGCGCACUGUAAUAAAAUAGGUUAGCUUGGAAAUGCAUUGAGAAAAUCAGUUGACUUACAUCAGGACCAGAAUAGGGAAGUGGUACAGUAGAUCUGAACAGAGAUAUUAGCCUGUGAUUGGAAACCUGUAAGCAAUGAACUUACAAUUUUUUUUGAUCUUCAUAUUAACAGGUCAGCUGAAGUCAACUAUCUCAGUCUAUACAGUCAGUUGAGUGGCCUGCUGUGUCUUCAGUUGUUGCUGACAACUAGCAGGUGAGAUAGCUUAAUGGGUCAGGCAGACUGCUGUUUUUCUAUUACAGUUUAAUAAAUGUUGGUAUUUUUGAUUACUUUUGCUAUGUCUUUUUGAAAUUCUACUGUCCUAGUUGGAAUGUAAAUAUUUUCUGUACUUUCAAAGUCCAUUGUUAGCUCUGAAUACAGUAGCCUAAGAACUCUGUUAUAGAACAUGACCUUUUUGCUAAAACUUUACAGAAACAGACUGUGAAAUAUGAAUGAAAUAAAAUAUGGACUUGAAAA